AUGGCUCAGGAGCAGCAACCCGAGGCAGUCACCCAGGCGCCCGCGCUUGAUGGCGCCGAGGCAGCAGAGAUCGACGAGUCGCUACAGCCUUUCGAGAUCAACCUCUACCUCCCCAGGCGUCCUCUCAUCCCUUCGGCCGCUGCUUCCGCACAUGGUCUUCCCGAAACACCAUCGCCGCUCAAGGUCGCCGUCACUCCGCAAGAGACGCUCAACGACCUCCGCAUCACCAUCACGGAUAGCCCAGAGGGAUACUGGCUAGGCGCGUACUGCUUCCGCAAGCCCCUGGCUGGAGCCAAACCGGCUGCCAAGGGAUCCAAGGUGCAGCUGGGCGAGCGUGUACCGGAAUGGACCGAGCUUCGCGAGAUCUUCGAAGGCGUUCCCAAGGACAAGCGCGAGCUCCACGUCACCCACGUCGCCUUCAACGAGGCUGAUGCCCGUGCACAUGUCCAGCGUCUCCGCGAUCUCCUCAACGGUGGUGCUGCUGAUCCCUGCGCCAUUGGCAUCGACGCUGCUCUCAGCGUACAGGACGCCGUCAGAAACCCGCAAGAAUGGCAACAGGAUGCGGCUCGCCAGAACGCAAAUGGUCGUCCCGCUGCCAAGAAGGGUGCCAACGAUGCCGCCGAGCAGUCGCAAGCGUCAGAGCUCCCUCUGGUCGAUUGGGCUGGCUGGCCUGCCGUAACAUCGGUUGACCUCAUUCCCGAAGUCGCCCGACGACCUCGCCAGCUCCCCAUCUGCCUUCGUCAGCUGUCGCUCGCAUCCUGGAACCCUCCGCCGCAGCACCUCAAGCUCAACGGUCAUCUGCUUUAUCUUCAGGUGGGCACCCUCGAGGGCGAAGUCAUCUUUGUCACCGCUUCCACCCACGGCUUCUACGUCAACCGUUCUUCUGGCGCUCGGUUUGAUCCCUCGCCCCGCCCAGCUGGCCAGGACUUUGCCUCUUGCUCCCUCUUCGACCUGCUCUGCGGCUUCUCUCCGCUCUUCCUUUCCACCUUCGCGAAGCUUUUCAACGACCCGCUCUCCUCCCGCGACUACUUCUCCGCGGUCCCGCUCACCAACGCCCUGCCUGCCUUCCCCUGGCUCGUGCGUAACCACAAUCACAGCGCCGAUCCGCUUCGCUCGCAGUCCGCUUUCCUCUUGACCGGCGCCACCUCUGCCGACACUCUCGAAGGCACCAGGGACUGGAACGAUGAGCUGCAGUCGGCUCGAGAGCUGCCCCGCACCACGCUUCCUGAGCGACUCGUGCGCGAUCGCGUGCUCAACCGUAUCCACUCGGAGUUCACCUUGGCGGCGGCUCGCGCCAUCCCCAGGGUCGCUGCUGGCGAGGUGCAGGCCAUGAACCCCAUGGACAAGCGCGACGCACAGAUGUUCAUCGUCAACAACCUCUUCAUCUCCAAGGGCGCGGACGGUGUCGACCUUUAUCCGCAUAUGGGCGGUGACGAGGCGGCCCACGUAGCUGUCGGCAAGGACAUUCAGGGAGUCAAGACGCUCAACAGCCUCGACAUCAACGGACUCUGUCUCCUCGGCACCAUCGUUGUCGACUGGAAGGGCGAGCGAUGGGUCGCACAAAGCGUCGUGCCCGGUCUCUUCCGCAGGCGAGAGGACGCUGACGAGCAGCUCGAGGCCGGCGAGUCGCAAGCACAGGAUGCAGAGAAGGCCCCCGAGGCCGAUGCCGACAAGAAGACGGCAGAGUCCAAGGACGGCAAGCCCGUCAAGAGCGACCUGAAUGACGACACGCAGGUCGUCUACGGCGGUGUCGAAGGCCCCGAAGUCAUCCGCGACAACGCCGCCUUCCACAAGCUCUUCAACCAAGUGGCUCAAACGCUUCAUCUCAACGAACACGACGUCGAAGAUGCUAACGGCAAGAAGCACUCGCUUUGGCUCAGCGUCGACUCGAAGGGUCUUAGAGGCGCUGACGGCCGCAGAUAUGUGCUCGAUCUGGCCCGACUCAACCCUGUCGACAUCAACUGGCUCGAAAACGAUAUCACUGGAGCUACUCUCGGCGGCCAAGAGGCUUCGAGCGAACAAGCAAGCUACCCUCACCGCAUGACCUUGCUCCGCCCUGAGCUGCUCGAGAUCUACUGGGACAGCGAGUUCCGCACAUGGGCCCGUGCCAAGCUCGCCGCUCGUCAGGAGGCCAAGGCCGUCAAGGAUGCCGAAGCCAAGGAAACUGCGGCCAAGGAGGACGGUGACAAGGAAGAAGCCGCCGAAACCGAAGAAGAGCCUGAACGCCUCGACACAUCCGAAUUCAAGUUGACCUUCAACCCCGACGCCUUUGUCGAGUUCAAGGUAGCCGAUGCAUCCGCCGAGGACGGCUCCAAGGUCAUCAGCCCCAUCACGGACGAGUCGGAUGCCAGCAUUGCAGCUGUGCGACAGGUGUCGGACUUCUUGCGCAAGGUUGCCAUUCCCCGCUUCGUCACCGACGUCGCCGCUGGUCUCUUCACUGCUACCGACGGUGGUGCUCUGAGUCGGCAGAUGCACUCUCGUGGUAUCAACAUUCGCUACCUCGGCUACGUCGCCCGUCUCUGCACCGCGGAAGCCAAGCAGGAGCUGGACCAGGACCUCCUCAAGAAGGCGGGUCCAGGUCACGAGGGCUUCCUCAACGUGUUCCGUCUCACCGUGCUGCAGGAGAUGGUGCUGCGAGCAAGCAAGCGCAUCCUUCGCAGCCUCAUUCGCGAUGUCGAGCAGGUCGACGUCGCUGCCUGCGUCUCGCACUUCCUCAACUGCCUCGUCGGUAACAAAAUCAACGCCAGUCCAGAAGCUCGCCUGACUCCUUCGCCGCUUUCGGACAACGCCGAGGCUGAAUGGACCAAGCUCACGCCUGAGAAGCUCAGGGAGCAGAUCACAGGUGAGAUCCGCAAGCGCUUCCGCUUCGAGCUGCCUGGCUCCUUCUUUGACCAGGAGCUGCGACGCGCCCAACUUCUUCGAGAGGUGGCUUUGCGCACUGGUAUCCAGCUCAAGCUGCAGGACUAUGUGCUGGAAGGCAAGCUCGCCGAGGUUGACAGCACAGUCUCGGAUGACUCGCACAGCGAGGCGCAGCCCAACGGUCAAUCGGCCGGAAAGAAGAACAAGAACAAAAAGAAGGGCGGCAACGAGCAGCAAAACGGUGCCAAGAAGACGAACGGUGUCGCCGCCGUUGCAGCCGACAAGAAGGUGUCCAAGCAGGCUCGCACUACCAGCUUUGAGCCCGAGGACGUCCUCAACCUGGUGCCCAUAGUCAAGGACUCGACACCCAAGAGCAGCCUCGCCGAAGAGGCCUUCGAGGCCGGCAGGAUCUCAAUCAGCCGUGGCGACCGCGAUCUUGGUCUGGAGCUGCUGCUGGAAGGUGUCAACUUCCACGAGCAGGUGUACGGUCUGGUUCACCCCGAACUCGCGCGAUGCUAUGCGCUGUUUGGUACCAUCGUGCACCAUCUCGCCGGUGUCGUCGCCAUGGAGCGCGCCGAGUUGAUCAACCAGGCCAAGUCGGAGAACAAGGAGAUCACCGAGGCCGACCUGCCCGUCGCUAACGAGCACCUGACCAUGGCCAACGCGGUGCGCUACCAGCGACAGGCGGUGACGGUGUCGGAGCGCACGCUGGGCAUCGACCACCCGGAGACACUGAGCCAGUACAUGAACCUGGCCGUGCUCGAGCGGUCUGCGGGCAACCUGCGCGAGUCGCUUCUCUGCCAGCGCCGUGUGCUCGAGCUGCAUAGCCUGCUGUAUGGCGAGGAGCACCCGGACUGCAUCAAUGCGCUGUCCAACAUUGCGCUGACGCUGCAGAACUCGCGCCUUUUCGAGCCGAGUCUGCGGGUCUACCGCUCGGCGCACGAGUUGGCGCUGAGGCUGUUUGGCGCCGACAGCAUCCACACUGCCAACCUGGCGCACGAGUUGAGUCAGGCGUACACGCUCGCCGGCGACCUCAAGACGGCGCUGGCGGUGGAGAAGGAGGCGUGGCGCGUGUUUGAGGCGCGACUGGGCAAGGAGGAUGCGCAGACCAAGGAGAGCGAGGCGUUCUGUUCGAGCCUGGCUGCGAGCGCGGUGCGGGUGGCCAAGUUGGAGAAGGAGGCGAGCGCUCGUCAAGCUCGACUGGGCGGCACAGGUCUCGCCAAUGGUCGUCGGGUCAACGGUGCUACGGCUGCACCUGGAGCCAUUGCCGGUGCUGCACCAACGGCUGCUGCAGGGGCGAACCAGAACAAGUCGCUUGACGAGAUUGUCAAGUUCAUCCAGGGCGGUGCGAACGGCACCCCUACCGGCAAGAACAAGAGCAAGGGCAAGGGUCGGAAGUAG